AUGUCCUUAGAUAAUGCCAAUUCAAGACGCAAUUGGGAGCACACCUCCCAACCUGGUCUCGUCACCAUUUCUGGCAUUCAGUAUCGCAUCUCUCGUGCCCCAGAUGGCUCCAUCUGCUGUCCUGUUCCUGCCUGCCCAGGUACCUUCAACAGGAGGUCCGCCUUCAAGACCCACUUGAAAACUAGUCCGUCUCUCCUUCUCUCCCUUUAUCUCUUUCUCUUAUCUUCCUUCCUCCUUUCCAGAUCAUCUAUCUCCCCCUCAACUCCUCGCCUCUCCUCCCCAACUUCAACCUCGUGCGUUCCCCUUUUUUCUCUCCAUCCCCCCUUUCAUAUAUCUACUUCAUCCUCCCUCCUUUCUCUUUCCAUCUUCUUCUCUAUCCUUUUCUCAUCCCUCUCAUAUUCUCUUCCAGUUCUUCCUCAAGCCCCCCUCCCUCUUCCUCCCCCCUCUCUCCAGCCGUCCCUCGAUGAAUUUCAACUCGAUCCCAGUCCGUCUUUCUCUCUCUCCUCCAUAUAUCUACUCCCUUACCCUUCGUUCCCUCAAGCUAUCUCUCGCGUCGUCCUUAAUCCUGGCCAAGAUUAUCUUCUCUCCACCCCCCUUUUGGAUCAGCUCGGCCUCUCUUUCCACACGGCCCUCAACAUUUUCAUCUGUAUCGCCUGCAAAAAGUCUCUCACCGCUGCCAUGGUCUCUGGUCACCGCAAGGCUCACCAUAACCAAUCCCUCGACAAAAUUCAGCUCCAAUCCCUCGACCAAUUCGUCCUCCAAUACAACGUCUAUCGUCGCCAAGAAGAAGUUAACAUCCCCGCUCACGCCGGCCCUCCCGUCCAGCUUAUCGCCCCUCCCCGCCCAGGCUUCCUCUGCACUCAGUCCCUCGAUUGCCAUUACGCUGCUUGCACCAUCACCACCAUGAUAAACCAUGGAAGGCUCGUCCACAAAGCAUCCUCCAAUGCCAUGACCUACGACCAUGCUCUCGUUCAACAGCUCUUCGAGUCCGUCGGCCGCGUCUACUUCGUCGUCCUCCAGCCCCCCCCUUCUCACCAGCCCAUCACCAUCAGAGACGCCCUUUCCCAUUCCUUCCUUCCUUCCCUCGAUCUUCUCCUCGUCCCCUCCUCUCCCCUCCCUGACGAGGAGCGAAGGUCCCUCAUUAAAGUCAUGGCCUGGGAUCGCUUCAUGCCCGACGUCCGUUCAAACAGAUCCGACGUCAAAUUUUUGGACGCCCUCAAGGCUCGCCACACAGAAGAUGAAUUUCUUGGUUUUUUCGUCGCCUUGGACUCCCUCGUAAAAGCUUACUUCGCCAUCGCUCCGGACCUCCUCGAAGGUAACCCCCACAGUUUCACCAUCUGCAAACUCAUCUUGCAUGGCGACAACGUCACAAAGGAUUCAGAUUACUGGCGUCCCGUCUCAAAGAAAAAUACUCUAUAUAGCGAUCUCCUCCUCCAGUUUUUGCGCGCCAUCCUCAGGCUUUAUCUCUCCCAACACAACCCUUCCAACUUCUCCUUCGGCCUCCACCCCAACCAGACACAGGCCCUCCACGCCUUCGCCUCCACCAUAAAUCGCCCUGACCCCCCUCCCGUCCCCUGA